CCGCCCCAGCAGCAGCCGCACCUUGACCCACCUCCGACCCUCACCUCGCACCGCCCCGUCCUCAUCAGCUCGACCAUGGCCGCCAACGCAGCCAACGAGAUCGACAACCUCAUCAGCGGCUCUGGCUCGACCGGUGGCUUGGGCGUCGCAGGUGGCAGCGGCGGCAUCCCGUCCAACUUUGACGCCGCGAACGCCCAGAACGACGAGGGGAUUGAAAUGGCCUUUGCGGUCUCCUGUAUGGAACAAGCGGAAACCUACUUUAACUUGAUCACCAAGGUCAAGCCGUCGUCGCUCAAGCGGUUGACCAAGUGGGACGAGGAGAUUGUCGAGGCGUUCCUCCAGAACUUUCCCGAAUACAACUUCGCCGACAAGCUCAAGGUGCUCAACGAGGACGAGAUCAAGAGCGCCAACGGCAAGAGGAGGUGGCGCGAGUUCAUGAUGCCGUUCGAGAAGAAAGUUGACGAGUACAACUUUGGCACUUUGAUCCGGCUCGACUGCACCAAGGACUACUCGCAGGAGAACUCGAUGUUUGGCUACCGCCUCCAGUUCUACGCGAUCGAGAUCCUCCGCAACCGCAAGGGCCUCAACGACGCCGUGUGGCAGCAGGCGCAGGACGACCCGACGGCGUUCGCGUGAGCGGCGGCGAGCGACGGCGAGCAGCGAGCGGCGAGCCGCGAGCUCGUGUGGGAGGGCUGAGAGCGGGAACGGGGCGGGCUCGAGCGCAGCAGGCGAGGCGAGCCGGGGCGAGAUGUGUAAAGACCAGCUUUCAGACGCUCC